UUUCUUUACGUAAACAUGUUCCGAAGGAAGCACGACCCAUCCAAUUCCAAACCAACCCCUUUAUUCACUGCACUCAAAUCCCCUCCGCAAGCGAGCCAGAACAGGGACGGAGCAGUUGAUCGAUGGAGACCGCCGCACUCAUCGCAACCCAUACCAAAAAUAGGGACCGGUGGACCAAACUCAUCCUUUUGGUAGAGUAGCCAUCAGGAGUGAUGUGACCACACCAAUCCUACAGAGUAUUCAGGGUUGAUUCAGCUCUUACUAGUAUACGGAUCGAUUCGACUGACCAGAUCACCCGUGCAAAAUUUCAGGGUCGGUUCAGUCGCGGGAAGCAACGCGAAACGGAACGGGUGGGCCUUGCGUUGGACAGCUGUCGCGAAGACAUUGUUUUGUAUCGGUCUUGCUGGUUCAAAUAGAGGGAAGCGAAGCUGCAGGCCUGCAUGCUCUCCGUCUCCGUUCUCCGAGACCCGGGAGGACGAAUGCAGAUGACGCGAUCUGAGGGAUUAUUGACGAACCACUCGGAGCCGGCGGUGGUGACGAGGAAUCAAUGGGAGGUGGAGUUCUCGCGCUUCUUCAAUUUACCACGGUGGGCCUCCGGCGCUCCGGCUGGCCUCCGGGCUCUCCCCAAGGGCAAGAUCCGAUCCACGGGCACAUGGAUCACCUCCUCCUCCCCGGCCCUUCUCAUCCUGCACAAGCCGACCGGCGCCUCUGCCUUCGUCCUCUCCGUCAACGUCCAGGAAUACGCUCUUGAGGAACACUUUGUUUCCAGUCUCCUCUUCUCAUGGCCGCAAGUUUCAUGUGUUUCUCAAUGCCCAGUCAGGGGGAGCAGGGUGGUCUUCAUGAGUUACAUGGAUGUCUCCAGCCAGAUUCAGAAGUUUGCUGUGCGAUUCCCAACUUGUUCUGAUGUUGAAGCAUUCCUUGCUUUUGUGAAGGAAUGUUCAAGGGGAAUGCCGGAGAGUGACUUUGCACGUGAAACUUCAUCUCAAUCUGAAAUAAUUUCCUCUAAUGGACUUCAGUAUAGUUCUGGAGAACCUACAACAGCAUGUGGUUUGGAAGUACCAGCUUCAAGUUACAGCAGGGAGCAACCAGAGUUGCUGCAUUCUAGCUGCACUCAUUCCAUUUGCCCUGGCUUUCCACCUAGCUUUACAGAGCUUCUAACCAACUGUUCAAAUGGUACCCAAAAAGGCAUGUCGGAGCAAAACUGUUCUGCAAAUGGAUUCCUGAAUAAAAAUUCUGCUUCCAUUUCCAUCUAAUGAAGUUUUUGCUUAAUUGUCUUUUUUUAUUUAAAUUAAUAGAGCAAACAAAUCCCAUAGCUGAGCCUGAUGUUCCCUCUCCUGAUGAGGAACACCCGGUGGAUCCUCUCUUACAAGAUGCUUCCAAGCAAGUGGACUCAAUGUCAGGAGCUGAUAUUAAGAGAAAAAUUGUGGAAUACAUGUCAGAUGCUACUUUUCAAGAGAUGCUAUUCAAACUGGAGAAGGUCAUUGAUGAGUUGGGCGGCGAUUUAGCACUAUAGGUGGCUGGCUUGCUCAUUUCGUGGUGACUCUCAUCCUGUGUUUUUGAUUAGUCUUAACAACAGAAAGGUCAACUUAGGGUAAUCUCUCUCUCUCUCUCUCUCUCUCUCUCUCUUUGCUAAUAGGUAUGUUCUGUGAAGCCGUUGAAUAGAAUUUAAAAGUUUGGUGUACCAAGUCUUGUUUUGGCAUAGGAGCAACCUGAUUUUAUAGCACAAUCUGGACUUCGUUUCUUUUCUCUUCUCGAAUUUGUUUCGCGUUAAUUCCAUAUCAGCAGAAUCUGUAACCUAAUUUGACUGAAUGGGACGUAUUACGAUCACGGGACGACGAAAUGCUUGUGUCAACGUGAAGGUCAAAGUUAGACAAAUGGCGGUAACACAAUCACUGGUAAGAGUUGAUUAUGGGUUAGUUUUGUUCGUAGCAUAAUCUAUUUUCUUCUGGCUUAUGAAUAAUGAUGGAUUGGUUUUGUUCGCAGCAGUCAUUUCCUGUUGGGUUAUGAAUGAUGACAGAAUAAUGUAUGCCAGUCAUUAAUUGAUGAAAAUUUUUGUUAUAAAUCACCUAAUGGUGCAGAAUGAAUCCCUACACCCAUACGACUUAGGAUUAGACUGGCCCUACAGAAAUGAAAAUUAUAUUGUAUUAUAUGGGUUUGAACUUU